AUGUGCCAGGGAGCCGACCUGCCGGGAGAGGGGAGCGCGCCGGGCGCUGGGGUACCGCAGAAGCCCUCACGGGUCCCCUGGCUCUACCGCAAAGGCACCAGGUCUAAACACACCUUCUUCUCUUCCUACCGUCGUAGGAACAGGAGGGAAGUUCCACACCACCAGACUGUAAAAGACCCAUCUCUCUUUGCCUCUUGUCCUCAUUUUCCUCAGGUGGAGGUGCUGCGAACUGAGCUGGGCGAGCGCUGCGCCUGUCUCCUCUCCUCCUCCAGCAGGACCGAGGACAUCAGCAGCACGAGCAGCGAUUCGGGGCUCCUGCCCCGCUCCCGGGGCACGCUGAAGUUCUCCCUCCUCUACUGCAGAGAGCGAUGCGAGCUGCUUUUGACCGACCUGGAGGCCCGGGGGCUGCCUGGCCGUGGGUGUGCUGAGUCCGCCAUCCGGGUCCGACUGCUGAGGCAGGUCCCAUCCCACAUCCCCGGGCUCCAGUGCGUGGUCCAGGAGUGGCGAAGCCAGGUGGUGAAGAACUGCAGCAGGCCAGCCUUUGGGGACCACUUUGUCUGCUCCCUGCAGGAUGCCGAGGUAGAGAAGAGCACCCUGAAGCUGGAGGUUCAACGGUUCGACAAAUACUCCAGAAACUCUGCACUGGGGGAAGUCAGGGUCACCCUGAGCGAGCUAAAGGCCUCCCAAAGCUUGGUCUUCUGUGAAGAGCUGCAGAAGACUACAAAGGACGUCGUGGGAGAAGUGCUUGUGUCACUAAAGUGCCUCCCCAUCUCUCAGAGGAUAGAGGUCGGGCUGCUCAAGGCAAAAACUACAUCCCCUCGAAGCACUGCAGAUGUAUACGCGAGGAUAGAUGUUUCCUGCAGACACCACAGAAAAAAGCACCAGAAGUCCAGGCCACGGGCCCACACACCGCUCAUCAUCUUCAACGAGACUUUCCUCUUCCACAUGCCUGAGCCUCCAGCGUGGGACUGCACGGUCCUGGUCUCCAUUUAUGAAGUGGACUCAGACCCCAGGCAUCUCGUUGGACAGGCCACCCUGGGGAAGAGAAGGGCGAACGCAGCAGCUGAGCACUGGGACCUCAUGAUAAAGUCCAUCCAGCAGCCCGUAGCUCAAUGGCACCCUCUGCUCAUUUAG